UAUCCGUGUGCUAAAUGUCAUUAGUUUUAUUAGUUACAAAUAGAAAUACCUACACUUAUUCCAAUUAUUUAUUACUUUACUUUACUUAUUUCUUAUACUUUCUUAAACUUAUUUCUAUUCCUGUCCCGACGAGCUCCUGGUAAAGGGUCAGGUCAAGAGUACCCGAAACCGCCGAGCUUGCAUGAAGAGAGUUAUGAAUGUGAAUGAAGCGAAGGAAGUGUGCAGAGAUCGUGGCAUGUGGAAAGAGGUAGUCUCUGCCUACGCCUCCGGGAAAGAGGCGUGAUUUUAUGUAUGUAUUUCUAUUUGUAACUUUUAAAUUUGCACGAACAUUAUGCGAUAGACAGACCUAAAAGUCAUAAGACUGACUUGCCGCCUUAGCAUGUCACGCGCGACGCCAUUUUUAUCGCGCGAAAAACCAUUGCUGUUUCGCUUUUUAUUAGGACUUGAAACGGGACAGCGUACGCAUGAAGGAUCAAUCGACGCGAGAGUGACGCACCUCUUGGCGGACCACACGGUCGCAUGGGCAGCCUACCAGAUCUGACGGAACGCUCGCGCCCGACCGCGAGUCGGACCGCGGCUCGGACCGUGUCGGAUCCGCAUCGGCACAGAACCCUUAUACCUCAGAUACCCGUAAGUACAAUAUACAAGAAAGAAUGGCUGUGGAAGAAGCCGAAGCCCAAAACGCCGCUCAGGGUAGCUGCCCCUGUGGUGGUGCCCCGACGAAGAGACUCUGCAGCGUCGUCAGUCGGAGCCGCAUCUGUCCGCAAACUCAUCGCGAGGCAGCCUCCAAAAGUUCCAAAGCCUAUCGUCACGAGAUUCACUCUUCUUUGCCUCUCCAGCGGUCUCUGCGCUACCGCAUUACUCCCUUUCACAGCCUUCGCUGGAGCCGAAGCAGCCGCUAUACCCCUCGCAAUAAUGCACGCUGUCGCAGCAAUAGUUGCUCCAUUCUCGCCCUUAAUACUUCAAAAGACCGGUGCAAGAAUUGUGAUAAGCGUAGCUCAUAUAUUAGUUUUUAUUCUCUUAACAGCUCACACGGUAGCCACGCCUUUGUCGGUUCUACUUCCUUUGUAUGCACUAUGUGGAAUAACUUUAUCUCCGAUGUCGUUGGCUCUGUCUGCUUCGGCGACGUCGUUAGCUCAAUCUGCUGGUGAUGAAGCGAGAAGGAAGAUAGCUUUAAGAAGAGCGUUGAGAGCUCUCCGCGCGGCUCAAGAUUUGGGGCUGGUGUUUGGAUCGUUGCUGCUCGGAGGAGCGUUGAUGAUAUGGCCUGAAGAUAUGAUGUCAUCACCAGAAGUGGUAGCUCCUACGAACGCGACGCUGUCGAGGUGGCCCCCGCAAGAAGAUUACUUUUUAGAAGAUGAGUAUGAGGAGCAAACAUGCGGCGCAGCAGGCUGCCCCAGUAUGCCCUUACUCUCCGGAACAGUGCUGAGCGCGGCCGGGAGACGAAUCCUGGUGGCUGUGUGGGCAUCAGUGGCUCUUAUGUCUAUAGGCCUAGGGGUGUACGGAGCGACGUCGACCCCCGCGCCGCCCCCCGACGCGCGGUCGGUGGUGAGGGACCCCAGGGCGCUGCUGGGGGCCCCCAUGGGGCUCUUCAUAGGGCUACAACAGGGAUUUAUUUAUACUUCUUAUAUUAAGUGGUACGGAGUCUGCGUCGGCGGCUGGAGUUGCGCAUGGCGCGCUUUAUUCGGCGCCGGCUGCCUCCAAGCCCUGGCCGCGGCUACUCUCAGCAUGGCGGCCGCGAGAGGUCGCAGAGGCGCGUUAACAGCUGGCGGCGCCGCUGCGCACGCGUCUUUGAUGCUAGCGUUGUUAAGAUGGCGCGCAGCUAGGACGGACUUGGCUUUGCCGGCUGUCGCUGCGGCGGCUUGGGGCGCCUGCGCUGCAUUGUGGGAUGUCUUACAGGCAGGACUCUGCAUAGGCGGUCCAGGCUGGCGCGGCCCUUGGUCGGUGACUUUAGCAGCUCGCCACGCGGGGCUGGCCCUAGCCUGCGCGGCGAGACAAUUAUUUUGUGUGCGUGCGCAGCUGGCGGGACUGGCAACCGCGUUGUGCGCAGCGCUUGCAUCGCAGACUGCUUUGGAGCUGCGCUUACGGCGAGGAGAAGCGGCCCGCCACAGAUCCUAGCGAAGGGCUACGGCGACGCAGCUGACUGCGCUUGCGCCGCCGCCUGACGACGGAGCAGACGAGGGAAUCGCUUGCCAUGUCAUCAGCUAAUACCACGCAUUUCUACACUUACUACUUAAACACUAUUAUUUAUUAUAUACUAGCUGUUGUCCACGACUUGGCUCGCGGUAAAAGUUCACUGAAAUAUCUGACUCCCUGUUUUACCCUUACGGGGGUGGCGGGAGUAGUUUUUAUACCUAUAACAGUUUUUAAGUUGAAUCGAACCUAACACAUCUGAGAAAACCGUAUACAAAUCGGAGCAGUAGUUUUCGCAUGAUGCGAGUACAGACAUACAGACGGAUAGUCUAAAAAUCAAAUUUUUGGCUUCUAUUCCCCUUAUAUACUUAUAUCCUCCAUAUCAACUUUUCGUCAAUAUCUUUCAGGUACAAACAUCAGUCAGUUACAAUUUUUAUUAUGUGAAAUCAGUUGAAAAGUGCCACGUUUUCUCUAAAACACCAUAUCAAUUAUCUACAUAGCUAUAAGUUUCAAGAUAAUAUGUUACAAUAUAUAAUAAUAGUUCAUAACUAUAACGACACUAUUUACCUCAUUCAAUCAGGGUUCCGUACGAAAAGAAACCGGAUUCGAAUCACAUUGUUUUCAGUGUCAGUGUCUAUCAAACUACAUGUUGAAUUUUAGUUUUGAAUGAAAGAUAAAAUGUUUAUACUAUCAACAAAAUAAAAUAGAAACAUAAUUUACACAUACAUACAUACAUAAGUCACGCCUCUUUCCCGGAGGGGUAGGCGAAUACCACACCUUUCCACUUUCCACGAUGCCUGCAUACUUGUUUCGCUUCUUCCACUUAUGAAGUGUGGGUAGUCAUGAAACUCUCUUCAUGCAAGCUUUCGGGUACUCUUGACUUGACCUUUUGCUAGACCGUCUCCGAUUUAAUCAAGGUACAUCUGUCUAGGCCUUCCUUGCCUUUGCAAACAAACAUGAACAAAUACAAUAUAUAAUGUGUAUUUGUAUAUACGAGUAUAUGUUUAAUGUAAAUAUAGGUUCGUAUUUUAGUAGAGAGAAUGCGCGUUUUUACGGAACCCUUGAUGCGCUGGCCCGACUCGGGCUUGGCCGGAAUUCUUAUGUACUAAGUACCUAUCACUUUGCAAUUAAAAACUUGUCACUUUUAUAGCGUUAAAUAUAAGUACUUUCUUACCUAUCUAAUAUUUCUGUGACUAUUCCGCUUUGAGAAUCUAUCCAAACUAUUUGGUGUUACUAAGGUAUUUAUGAAUUAAGUUGUUUUCACAAUGUUCACUGUUUAUAAUUAGUGCAGUUUUGUAAUGGAUAUACAUAUGAUAAUGUUACUAUUCUAAAUUUAAUUCCUUUUAAAAGUUAACACUUAAAAGAGUUUGUAUUGUCACUAUAACACAAUAUCGCACAUUAACAGGUCAAGAACAAUUUAUAUUUACCAAUGAGUUUAGCUUGAAAAGUCUAGAUAAAUGCUUAAGUAUAAACUGUCGAAACCAACCAAAUGAAAAGUCAAUAAAAUAACAACUUUAAUACAAGAACGUUAAACUUAAAAUCCAAAAACAAAAUGUCUCCAGCUAUCUUGCUCAUAAUGGUAGUACAAUAGCGGACAGUUCAGUUCGCGCAUUUAAAUGGGGCGCUCUGAUUGGCUCAACUGCUCAAAUAUUUUCGCGCCAAAAGAAAAAACACAUCGGUGUAACAUAUAAAAGGAAUAAUACGAAGAUGAAGAGUUGAAGAGCAAAACAAUGUUCAAAUAACUGUGACGUUCAUGCAAACACCACCCUUUAUUAGUGUAAGAGGUAAUGGAAGUUGCUAGAAUUGCAUAGAUUGUUCGAGUUAUAGCUACUAUAAUAAUAUACAAAUUGAAGGAUUAAGAUUUUAUGAGAUAGCUGCUCUUUUAGAUAGCGCGGAGGAAAGCAUGAGUACCUAUAAAGAGGCUGCCCAUUGAGAUUACAAAGGCAAAAAUAUAUGUACUUUGUGAAAAUUUAUCAAAUAAGAAACUAAAAUACUGUGCCGACCCCACGUUAAGAGUAGAAGUAACGAUAUAGGAGUGUGUGGAUUGUGGAAUAUUUCGAUAGCUUGUGAUUAUAGAAUGCAGAAUAAUAUGAAAGUUCUUGAAAUUAUAGAAAUGUUGUCCUCGUCCUUGUAUCUCAUGUAAUUUUCUGUGCAGAUGUAAAGCUGUAAAGGAAUUACGAAUUGCGAUAUCAGAUCCACCAGUUUUUAUAACUUCUUUAGUCAUUUAUUAUUUUUAAUUAUUCCCCUACAAAGGUUAUAAGAUAUAUAAGAUUGAGUAUACGAGAAAUAUUUUAUUAAUAAAAAAAUCCCAAUGUCACAACUAGUUGUGCAUAUCAGUUGGUCCACGGGCAAAACGUGCAAUGUAAAGGCUGCAAAGCUUUGGAAUUCUCUCCCUUUGGACACUAAAAAAGCACAGACCCUCAACAUAUUUAAGAAUAAUGUAUUUAAGUUCCUGUCCAGUUGAGCACCUAGAUCGAACUUCAGGCAAUUUAUCUUAGUUUAUGUAUGUUUAUUUAUUAAUAAGUUUAUACAUAAAUAUAUUUAGUGAAUAGAUACUUUUUAACAAACAAACAAACGUGGUUUCUUAUACCUGACUUUCCCAAUCCAGAGUUAUGGUCAAAAAAGUGUAACCGGAAUUAAUACUAGGAGGAAGAAGUCUUUCAUAAAUGUUCUGAUUAUGACGUCUUAAUUGAAGAUUUCCUAAAAGUGCAACUAUCUCUUACUCUGAAUUAUCUGAAUAAAUAAAUACUUAUUAGAAAAAUCAGUCGUUUCCAAUAUCAUGUUCUGGACAUAUUUUUCUACAAGCAGUGUUGUUGAAGUUGAAUGUUAGAAUAUUUGUAUCCACGAUGUAUGACGAAAUAAACUGAUUGUUGAUUGA